AUGAGCUUCUUUGGGUUUGGACAGAGCGCAGAGUUGGAACUGGUGCUGAGCGACUCGGAGAGCAGGCGCCGGGCCGAGCAUAAAACCGAGGACGGCAAAAAGGAGAAGUACUUCCUGUUCUAUGAUGGCGAGACGGUUUCGGGGCGGGUCAUCCUCACCCUCAAGCACCCGAACAAGCGGCUGGAGCACCAGGGCAUCAAGGUGGAGUUCAUUGGGCAGAUUGAGCUAUAUUAUGACCGAGGAAACCACCAUGAAUUUGUCUCCCUGGUAAAGGACUUGGCCCGUCCUGGGGAGUUCACCCAGUCGCAGACAUUUGACUUUGAAUUCACACAUGUGGAGAAGCCAUAUGAGUCCUACACUGGACAGAAUGUGAAAUUAAGGUACUUCCUUCGCGCCACCAUCAGCCGCAGGUUGAACGACGUGGUGAAGGAGAUGGACAUCGUUGUGCACACCCUGAGCACCUACCCGGAGCUCAACUCCUCCAUCAAGAUGGAGGUGGGGAUUGAAGACUGCCUGCACAUCGAGUUUGAGUACAACAAGUCCAAGUACCAUUUAAAAGAUGUGAUUGUCGGGAAGAUCUACUUCCUGCUAGUGAGGAUCAAGAUCAAACACAUGGAGAUUGACAUCAUCAAGAGGGAGACCACGGGGACCGGGCCCAACGUGUACCACGAGAACGACACGAUUGCGAAAUAUGAGAUCAUGGACGGGGCCCCAGUGAGAGGAGAGUCCAUCCCCAUCCGGCUCUUCCUAGCGGGCUACGAGCUGACGCCGACCAUGAGAGACAUCAAUAAGAAAUUUUCUGUGCGUUAUUACCUCAACCUGGUGCUGAUCGACGAAGAGGAACGGCGCUAUUUCAAACAGCAGGAGGUAGUGUUAUGGCGCAAAGGGGACAUCGUGCGGAAAAGCAUGUCCCAUCAGGCGGCUAUCGCCUCGCAGCGGUUUGAAGGUACGUCCUCUCAGUUGGAGAGCAGGACGCCCAGCCAGCCCGCGGAGAACAACGGACGGCAGUGA